AUGCAGACAAUCAAUCUGAGGUGCAAGAAUGAGACACUCAAGAUGAACAAUGCCAACCCAUCUACAACAAUUGCAGAUGUUAUUAACUAUUUGAAAACUCAGGAUGGAUUUCAAGGCAAAGAAAUCGAAAUUAUUUUUCAAUGCAAGAAGCAAUCACCAGAAACAUUGGUAAGCAGUCUCGGAUUAGAUAAUGGAGCCUGCUUAAUUGUAAGAAUUCUUCAAGAUCAUCAAAAAGAAGCUCCAAAGAGGAGAGCAGGAUAUAAAAUGCCGGACAGAGAUCGAUGCGCAGAACAUACGGAGCCAGCUCCAUCAGAAAUCAACGAAUACAUUGUAACACUUAAAGAUUGCGGUUUUACAGAUGAAGCUAAGAUCAGAAAAGCUCUUGAGAUGUCAUUUUAUUGUGUAAACCGUGCUGCUAUUUAUUUGGCUAAUGGCGAUAUACCAGACAAGGCUGCACCAGAAAUCUUUAGUACAGAUGAAAAAAUUAUCGAACAAGAACGCCAAAAAUUACUUCAAGAGCUCGAAGGACACUUUGAUGUUAUUAAGGAAAUUGCUGACGAGCUUAAAAUCGAUUUUACUGAAGCAGCACAAUAUUACGCUGCUCUCGGCAAAGAUAAGGCAAAAACUAUUGCUUGCUUUAGAGGUUACAACAUAGUUAAGGAAAACUCUCAGUAA